AAAUGGUUUCUAUAGCAGCAGCAAGGUUGGCAAACAGGGCUGGGCAGAGACAGCAAGAGUUUCCAAUCUCCCAAGGCAUUUAAGCUGUUACGCUUCUGCACUGCUCCUUCCUCUGAACGAUACAUGCAGGAGAUCCAGCCUGAAAAGUCAAAGAAAUUCUCUGCUUCAAAAAUGACUCACACACGCAACCUGGCACCUAGUUUCAAACAAAUGGACACACUGAGUUCAAUUGAGGCAGAGUACAUAAAGAAUCUACAGAAAGAAGUCUACCUACUGGAACUUGAGACAUCAUUUCUAAGAGAGCAGGCUAAAAAGGCUACCAGUAUUCAGCCAAAAAUCAGCACUCAAGCGGAAAAAGUGUUGCAGAAGAUAAAGGAAUUACAGUCAGAAAUACAUACUGCUCAGCUGGAACUUGGAAAGAAAGAGAACAGCACCAAGUUUUUCAAGGCAGAAAAUCAAGCCAUGCAUAAAUGUCUGCAAACUCUAUCAGAUGCAAAUACUAGAGAAAAGCUACUAUUAGUGGAGGAUGUUACAAAGCUGAAGAAACUUGCUGAGAUUGUCAUUCAGGACAUUUCACACAAAGAAGCAGAGCUACUAGAAGUCCAGCAAGAGCUACAGAGGGCCACGAAUUCCAUGAAAGAAAAAGAGCAUAAUCGCCAUCAUUUGGAAAAUGAACUCCACCAGCAGAUUCAACACCACCAGGAUAUGGAAGCAAAGCUUGUGGAAAAUAGAUCAGAAUGUGUAAGAGUGCAGGCGUUGCUCCACCAGCUAGAGGAGAAAUACCUUACUAGCUCCCAGUCCAUGCAGCAGCAUAUUGCUAAAGAACUUAGUGAAGAAGCUGAAAAACUAAGACAGCAGCUCAAAGAAAAAGAACUUUCUGCUGAUGAGGAUAAAUAUUUACGCAACAAAAUGGCAGAAGAUUGUGGAUAUCUGACAAAAGAAAAUGGCUUUUUACAGUCUCAGGUUCUGGAAGCCACCAGGCAACUAGAUAGAGAGAGGCAGCUGAGAGAGGAGGAAAGCACCUGCCAUACAAGGAGGAUUUCUGAGCUAGCUUGUGAAAAGGAGAAAGAACGACAACUUGAGAUGGAGCUCACUUACCUGAAGAGACUAUUGCAGGAUGAAAGACAGAAGGCUCUUACUGCACAAGAGCAGGUACGACGUCUCCAGCAAGAAAGGAAAUCUGUAAAUCUAAAUGGACAGUCACUUCAGAGCCAGCUAAAAGAUUUAGAAAGGAGAUGGUCAAGAGCUCAACUGGAAAAUUCAAAACUGCAAACAGAAAAAACGCAUUUAGUAGAACAUAUUUCUCAGUUACAUAAACAGAUUUCUGAGAAAGAAGAUGAAAUCAGUCGCAUGCUUGGACAUGUUAAUACUAUGUCCUAUGACCUGACUACUCAGAAAUCUCAAGUGGAAACAGAACAUAGCUUGCAGAGAGAAAGAUGGAAAGAGUUCUCCAAUAUUCUAACAGCAUACAAGUCACCUGCUAAAUGAGCUCUAUUUAGGGAAGUAGUUACUGAAGUGAGCUAACCUAAUCAUUUUAAAAAUGAAACUGAUACUAACAAUUAGUUCCUUAAAUUCCCAUUGUAUAAAAAAAAAGUAAGUGUCCUGAUGCACCUAUAUAAGGCAUACUGCUCUUCAAGAAUAGCAUUCUGCAUUUCUACAUAGCAAAUGAAACUAGAUCCUAUCAGAAUCACUUGGAACCUGGGGAGAUUGGCUAAGAACAUUGAAUGGAGGCAGCAUGCUCAGCCCUUGUGAAGCCGGCUUCAAAUUCAUUAAAAAGCAACCCAUUUGGCCACUCAAAGAGUGGUAUUUUGUAAUGCACAAGUAGUCCCAUGCAGUCAUCAUUCUUGUCCUAACUAGGGUGACAGGCUCUGUCAUGAGCAGUCAAGGCUGAUUACUCACUCUGGCACUUCGAGUGCAAAAGGUGGGGACCCGCAAGGAACCUAAAAUUAAUAUUGGCCACUCCAGGCUUGUAUUAAACUCCCAAGGUUACAGCUUUUCCCUGACCUUGGAUGGGUAGAUGCUGCCACUAUCCAAAUGCAAAACCCCUUGGAACCAGGAAGGCACCCUUUGGAAUUCCUUCGGUGGGCACCCCUCAAUCCCUUUCACCCUGCUCCAGGGAAAAGCUGAGAAAGAAAAAUGAAAUUAGCUGUUACCACCAGCUAAACAACAACAUAUGCACAAACCUCUUAGGAUUCCAAAACCCAAUCCUGUUCUUUAAAAUGGUAAAUGUUAUUAAAAACAACAAAGAAUGAAAAUACACCUGGAACACAGGCUUUUGCUAGAUUUAAAAAAAUAAAAAAAACACAAAAAUUCAACAUCAAGAAUAACCUUCUGAGGUCCCUCUUAAAGGUUACAAGCAAAACAAGAGUAUUUGGGGUUAGCAUAGAGGAGUCCCACAAGCCGGUAGGAAAUAAACAGAAAUAAACCUAAUCCGUCUUUCUAAACACUCCUGAACUAUUUGCAUGUUAAUAAGUAGUUGUAGAUACGAUCUGAUGAUUUCACAUCUGGCCUUCAGUUCCUCCUAUCCUAACUGUACCCUAUCUCCUUUUCCAGGAGAAUAGAAGCAGCACACAAAGGGAAGCUUUCCCCUCUCCCCCAGUUUAAAAAAGUUCUAGUCUUCCCACUGGCUCUUUUGG